AUGGAUUACAGGUUUAAGCUCUCCGAUUCUGUCCGAAAACUUGCUGCCGACGUCAAAGAUGACCUUGGCGCCGAGACUCCGCUACGUAGGCGCAUCAACAGCGAGGGGGUAGAAGUGGGAGCAAAAGGUUCUGUUUUUGAAUGGGACGCUCGUGACGAUAGCUCUCACAACCUUCUAUUCAUCCAGACAAUGAAGGAUCAUAGGCUAACUCACUAA